UUGUAUUUUCAUCCGCUGUCCACCAUGCUCGCUCGAAGCAUCCCCCGGCUGCCCCUCAGAGGCAUCCCCCGCCGCCCCUACAGCACAGCCCGCACCCCGGCACCCCCCAACGUCAAAACAACAGCCUUCCUCUCCGUCGCCCUCCUCACCUCCGCCUACUUUGUCUACCAGUACGAGUCCUCGGGCGACCAAGAGAUCACCACCUCUACUCCCGGAGGCCGCCCCGUCUCCUUCUUCAACAGGAACAAAGAGUCCAAGUUCCAGCUCAACAUCCAGACCGGCCGCGGCGUGCAAUCAUUCGAUUUCAACCGAAAGCCCGAUACCGAAGUCGAACGACUGAUCAGGGAGCACGAGACCAGUCGCACUAUUGGCAGAACAGGCAAUCCUGUCGUGCGGUGGGACAACAACUGGGUAGGCUCGAACGACCCUUGCGAAGACCGCUGGUCCACAGACCUCGUCGAGAGGAAACAGACUGCAUCGGAACGAAUCCGCAAGGUCGGCUCUUUCUGGAAUGCGUGGUUUAGUGGAGAUGAGCCCAGUGUGGGCAAGGAUGGUGCGGGAAAGCGGGAUCUGAUGAUGUUUUCCAUCAUGGAUGGCCACGCUGGUGAUGCUACCUCGACAUUGCUCCAGAAGGCGCUCCAUCCCACCAUCGCGGUGUCUCUGGCCAACCUCCAGGCCGGCUAUGCGCCUCAUCAGGGAGUCUGGAGCCAGUGGUCUGGAUAUCUCAGCCCCUGGUACUGGCUCGGGACGGAGAAGACUUGGACUCCUGGAAAUGUCUCCAAAACUAUUGAAAAUGCCUACCUGCAACUCGAUGACAACAUUUGUCAAACGCCGGUCCGCCUUAUCCCAUCUCUGUCCAAGCCUCCCAAAGACGCUUCGUCACCCUCCGCCCAACAGACUCUUGUCGCUCUCGCCGAGCCCGCCGCCUCGGGUGCUUGUGCCAUCUCCACACUUGUGGAUGCAGAGAAUGACGAUCUCUACGUUGCCCUCGCUGGAGACUGCCGUGCUAUCGCAGGAUGGCAAGGUGUUGAUGGCAAGUGGCGAUGCGAUGUACUGACCGAGGAUCAGAUGGGAGAGAACCCAAGAGAGAUUGAGAGGAUGAGGAAUGAACAUCCUGUCUCGGAGAGGGAGACUGUCAUCAGGAAUGGGCGAGUGCAAGGUGGUUUGCAACCUACGAGGGCGUUUGGCGAUGCUGUCUACAAGUGGAGCAAUGCCGAGGCUGCUGCUAUUGCAGGCGCAUUCAAGAGCGAAGGUAGCAAACCCCGAGCAGGUAGACCAUGGAACUAUACGCCUCCUUAUGUGACUGCCCGUCCGGAGGUGACUUAUCGCAAACUUCAUCCCGAAUCCGGCGAGAGGCUCAAGUUUAUCGUCAUGGCCACCGACGGUUUGUGGGACAGAAUAACUUCGGAGGAGGCAGCCCUUCUCACAGCUUCUUACCUCUCCCAUCACACUCGCAAACCCAUUCCCAAGACAUCACUGCCAAAGCUCUUCCCUCUCGCCCCUUCCGAGCGCCUCUACCCCGCACAAGAGCUGCCGCAACCCGAAGGCGAGACGUGGGUCUACGAAGGCGAUGAGAAUGCCGCGACGCAUUUGAUAAGAAAUAGUUUGGCUGGUGGUGAUGUCAAUCUCAGGGGAGAAUUGAUGAGUUUGAGCGGCAAGGUCAGUAGAUGGAUGAGAGAUGACGUGACUGUUUCGGUGAUCUUCUUUGGCGAUAAUUGAGAUUACAGUGACGUUUCACAUGCACACUACUGUUAUAAAGCAUCCACUACAUAUUUCCAUGGCGGUCUCGGUCGAAAAAGGUGGCUGGCCCAGUGAAAGCCCAUUCUUCAAGUCUGCUCCAGAAUCUGUCUCUCAGGUCAACAGUGCAUACAAUGUUCAUGUCAUGAAAAUACAUUAAAGCCGAGUGUGUCUAGUAUAUAUAAAAACAAACAAAAUAACCCUUCUUCCUUCUACCGAAGGACCUCAAGCUUACUUGAAGUUCUUACCGUCGACCCACUCCCUACCGUCCAAAACGAGGUCCCAAGCCAUAGAACCCUCGAAGAAGGCCUUCUCGUCGGCGUUCUCGAUGUUCAUCUUGGUGAAGGAAUAAGACUCCCAGUCGGGGGCGACGUUGACCACGGGCACAGCGUCUUGGCCUCGGAGGACAAGAACACCAGCGAUGGCAGAGUCGUUGGUCUUGCCAAGGACACCGACGGAACCGAAGAGGUACUUUCGGGAAGCCUCGAGACGGUUGAAGAAACCACCGACCUGGUUGUUGGACAUGAACGGCAUGGUCAACUCCUCGUUGUACUUGAAGUCAACCCUCCAGAUGGAGAAGCCCUCGUGAUCAAAGUUCUUGU